GAUGGAUCCGGGCUGACAUACAAACCUCUUCAAAACCCUCGUAGCAGCCGUCUCUUAUAUUUCCCCCUUCUUCCUCCUACAAACCCUAAUCAUAGCUACGAAAAUCGACGCUUCAAAACCCUAAACCGAACUAUGUCUACUCCGGCGCUCAUCUCCGCUUCUCCCAAUUCGGAGAAGAAGAAGAAGAAGAAGAAAGAAAAGAAAGAUGCCAACUUUGUCGAUGCAGUGGAUGCCUCCCACGCCGGCCAUAGCUCCAUCUAUACGGUCACCGAUGUUGCCGGCGGCGAUAUAGAUCCUUACUCUCAAGACUACUUCAUAAAGCCCCAAUCUUUUACCCCUACUUUGGACACAUCCAAGUGGCCGAUCCUCCUUAAGAACUACGACCGCCUAAACGUCCGCACGGGGCAUUACACCCCUCUCCCCGCGGGCCACUCUCCUCUCAAGCGUCCCCUGGAAAUCUAUAUCCGCUAUGGCAUCAUCAACCUCGAUAAGCCAUCCAACCCCUCGUCUCACGAGGUCGUUGCUUGGAUAAGGCGCAUUCUCCGUUCAGAGAAGACUGGCCACAGUGGAACCCUCGAUCCCAAAGUAACGGGAAAUCUCAUUGUCUGCAUCGAUCGUGCCACUCGCCUCGUCAAAUCUCAGCAAGGAGCCGGCAAGGAGUACGUUUGUGUUGCUCGCCUUCAUUCCGAUGUGCCCGACACUGCAAAGGUUGCACGAGCACUAGAAACCCUCACUGGAGCUGUCUUCCAACGUCCUCCGCUCAUAUCGGCUGUCAAGCGGCAACUCCGGAUUCGAACAAUCUAUGAAAGCAAGCUCCUUGAGUACGAUGCUGAAAAACACCUUGUUGUUUUCUGGAUUUCAUGUGAGGCCGGUACGUAUGUUAGAACUCUCUGUGUUCAUCUCGGACUCAUCCUUGGAGUCGGAGGACACAUGCAGGAACUAAGAAGAGUGAGGUCUGGGAUCCUGGGGGAGAGAGACAACAUGGUUACCAUGCAUGAUGUUCUUGAUGCCCAAUGGGUGUAUGACAAUUUCAAAGAUGAGAGCUAUUUGAGAAGGGUGGUGAUGCCGCUUGAGGUCUUACUAACAAGUUAUAAGAGAUUGGUUGUAAAGGACUCAGCUGUGAAUGCUAUUUGUUAUGGAGCUAAGCUGAUGAUCCCUGGACUGCUUAGAUUCGAGAAUGAUAUUGAGGUUGGGGAAGAAGUUGUGCUGAUGACCACAAAGGGAGAGGCGAUCUCUCUUGGCAUUGCCGAAAUGACUACUGCUGUAAUGGCGACCUGUGAUCAUGGAACUGUGGCAAGAAUCAAGAGGGUGGUCAUGGACAGAGAUACUUAUCCAAGGAAGUGGGGCCUUGGGCCAAGAGCAUCUAUGAAGAAGAAGCUAAUUGCUGAAGGCUUGCUUGAUAAGCAUGGGAAGCCGAAUGAGAAGACCCCAGCAGAAUGGCUGAGGAAUGUGGUGUUACCAACUGGAGGGGAUGCAAUGAUUGCUGGAGCUGCUGCUGCUCCAGCAGCAAUUACAGCUCCUGUUGUUGUUGCAAAGGUUGAAAAUGAGCAGCUUUUGGAGGAAGGGAAAGAGAAGAGGAAGACAAAAAAGAAGCACAAGGAUGUUGAUGGUGGAGGUGAGAGGCGUAAGCAUAAAUUGGAGAAUGAUGGUGAUGAUGCCACUGUACCUGCUAAAAAAGUUAAGACUGAAACUCAAGAUGAAGUGGCAGGGACUGAGUCAAAGACUUUAAAAACCUUGAAGGAGGAUAUUGUGAAGUUGGCUAAAACUGAAGAUGGAGUUGCUGGAGCCGAGGCAAAAACUUUAAAAGCCUCAGAGGAGGAUGCAGUGGAGUUCGAAGAGAAGAAAGCCGAGAAAGACAAAAAGAAGAAAAAGAAAGACAAGGAGAAGGAAGAUUCCUCGAAUGAAAAUAAUAGUGUAGAGAAAGAGAAAAGGAAGGGUGAGAGUCUAAAAAUUAAGAUUGAGCUAGAACCUGAUAUUGUGGAGAAGGCAGAUGAGAAGAAAAAUAAGGAGGAGAAGAAGAAAAAGAAGAAGAGCAAAGAAGUGCAAGAUGGUGUUGCAACUGAUGUGCCUAAUGCUGAUCUUGGAGCAGACAAUGGAGGUGGAGAAAAAAGAGAGACAAAAAAGGAUAAGAAGAAAAAGAAGAAUAUUGAAGAGAAAGCAGAGCAGUAGGAUUUAGUGAAUUAUUCUCAACUUAUGAGGAGCUAAAUUGGUCUUUCUUUUGUUUGGCAAUUUUUCUUGGAUGGAUGAAGAUGAAUUAUACAGUGGGCAUGCCAACAUGAGAAUGCAUAUUGUAGCUCUUCUUCAGGCCUCUUUCGGAUUGACACAGACAAAUAGUGCAGAGGUCUGGAUAUGCAAUUUGAAUGAUACUCCGAGAUGUCUUUGUCCAGCUUGAAACUUCUUCUAUAUAUUUAUCGCUGUAAUCAUGUUGUUUGUAUUUUUGUUUUUCUUCUCUUCGGUGAUUUUUCCCAGUUUGAAUUUUGUUUAUUUAGAACUUUCACAUGCUGCUUUGUUGUAAACUGUCCGUAUAUUCUUUUUGUUAUAGUUGUAAUAGUAAUGUUGUACUACUUUUCAAUGCAAGAUAAUGGGAGUAGUUUUGCUCCACUCCCGAUGUGAUAAAAAUGGGCUGAGAAGCUUGUUUCGGUCUCA